CGAGCUUGCUGUGUAGGAUCACAGCAUUGCAUUCAUGUUUCAGAGUGAUCCCAUCAGUGCCUGAGUAAGGACACGCGUGAGCUUCUCAUGAAAACGGUGCGUUGAAUUUAUAUCCUGCUAAACGAAGAUGAGGUCUGCGCCAUCUUCCUCUUCUUCCGUAGCCAUCGGACUGCUGCAGCACGCCUGUCGUGGACUGGAGAAUCAGAUCGGCAAUGUAGCAGCUGCCGCACGGGCCUUUCAGCACUCUACCCCUUCGAGUAGCAGUGGUGGUUAUCUGAGGCAGAAUUGUGCUCCUCGUGGCGGAAUCUUUCGCUCCUCUCAAAUUUGUUUCGGCAGCGGCCAACGACCUGGGCAGCCAGGCCAAAAGUGGGAAGUCUUUCAUCCACCAGUGCGCGAAGACAUCAGAACAGUGAGUCCACAAGCCGAGAAGGAUUUGAGCAAAGUUCGGGUUGGAGGGUUCGCCAAAUAUAUCCCGAAAAAUUUUCAACUCCGUUCCCAGAUGGAAGCAGUCCGCUCAGGUGAAUUCCUGGGUCCCGACUAUCCCUACAACUUUUAAGCUUUUUGGUUGUAUAAUCCUGACGAGACGGCUUUUUAAUGGGAAUGAGAAUAGAGUAGAUGUGUCCUCUGAAUAAUAGCUCUGAGUAGAUGAUGUGUCCUCUGAAUACGUGUAGUAGCUCUGUCCUCUGAAUACGUGUGGUCUCAAAGAAUAGGGUAGAUGUGUCCACCUCUCAAUACGUGUGGUCUCCUCACAGAAGCUCUAACCUUUCCUUGGAAUGCCAAUGUGGGGCCACAGGAGGUACAAUGUGUCAUAUCACGAUAUCCCGAUUGACGAAAGUGGUGAGAUCGGAGUAGUUUAUCAGGCAAAGCGAGACGUAUGGCAGGUGCAGUGGCACGAGAGGGGCCGCCAUCGCCAACGCGUGUUUCGAGCUCAAUUUAGCUUUACAGAAGCAAAAUACAAAGCUGAAGCGUUCAGAAAGAUGUUGGAAAGCACUGGAAGGGUAUGCAUCCCUAGUUAUUUUUGUUAACGUGUUUGUGUGGAGGUCACUUUUAAGUAUAUAGUGCCUUGGAAAGAUGAUCACGGUCCUUUUUUUUUUUGGUUUGUACUCCCCGCACUACGAACGAACCCACCACCAGGUCGACAACUGCAUGACCGCUCGCCAUCGCGCUGUCCUAGAAGAUCAAAAAGAGAAGAUGCACAAGCUAAAGAAGAAACUUCUAGGAAGAGAAGCGCAUAUUCGUAUCUUUGGUAAACACGGAAACACUUUGCGCGGAAAGUGGGCACAUAGGCCGAAGGGAGAGGAACCAGGCCUGAAGAAAAAGCAUGGUGCACAUUAUCCGAAGUGGUAGUUGAUCUGCAAGUAUUUCGAAGAUACCUGUGGUUAGUAUUGUUCGGUAUUUGACUCCCACAUUGAAAGUAGGAUCCUCAUCAAGAAAGUGAAAGUUUGUCAUUCUGAAUUGCAAACCGACUGAAAAAAGCUGGAAAAAAGACGCUCAUUGAAGAGAAGAAGGACAUGAUGAGAAAAAGCAUCUUCUAAAGAAGUGUUCCG